UCAGCACACUAAUGGCAGAAACAGGUAAUUCCCCCAGGCCUGUCACUGUUUGGAGAACAAUGAAAUUGCUUUCAUCUAAGAGAGUUCUAAUUUAAUAAUAAUGGUAGUGUCUGGCUGUCAGAGUGGUCUGCUAAUGCCAUGGAGUCUGCUUCCGGACAGGAAUUGCCCACUGAUAUUAUCAGUCAUUGUAAACUGCCUUGGCUGGGAAGUCAAUCAUUAACUCUGGUCCCCAUGUCAUAAAAACAUCAUAUUGUUUAAGAGCAUGACUGGCUUAAGGCUCUCACUAAUCAAUCAGGCAUACAGCAGGAAUACAGCAACACAUAAAAGGAGCCAGAGACUCGGGAAAUCCUUCAGCUAAGGGGAGACAAGCUGCGCCGAGGUUUAUCUCCAUGGAGAAAUCCACUGACAAGCCAAACAAGGAAAACAGAUUGUCAGCUCCUGGAGCACUGCAGGCUGAGGCAGACAGUCCAGCGCCCGUGGCAGGAGGUGCUGCAGAAAUGAGCAGAGCAGGAUCCGUAACACAAAACUCAAAACAUGAGAGGAGAGUGGGGUUCACUGAAGAGUGUACUGAAGAAAUGGAGAGACCUUCAGGAACAGAGAGAGACAGUCCUGCUGCCUUUAAAGCAGCAGGUUUGGAACAAGACUGUCCAAACUCACAGCCGCUUGCUGUGCUAACAGACACAAACUCUCCUGAAAUGAGCACGUUGGACCUGAACCUGCAGUGCUCAGACACAGCCACCCCAGACAUGGACUGCAUGAUCUGCUUCAACAAGUACAGCAUCUACAGAGUCCCAAAGCUCCUGGACUGCCAGCACAACUUCUGUGCCGUCUGCCUCAAGCUGAUCCUCAGGAAAGAGAAGAGCACCUGGACAAUCACCUGCCCUCUCUGCAGAAAACCCACCUGCGUGUCAGGAGGGCUGAUCCGCACGCUCCAGAACAAAGAAGACAUCCUGGAGCGCUUGGAGAGCCUUGACUCAAACCCUGAGGUGUACAUCUGUGCCAUGGGGCUGGAUGGCAACAACAGCUGGGCUCAGAGCAGCCAGGACAUGUUGAACGCAGAGGAAAGCAGCCCAGCACACAGCAGCCUGGCUGUGCAGAGACUCCUGCUGCUCCUGCUGCUCGGGGUGAUCCUCGCCCUGCUCAUCCUCCCCUUCAUGUACUCAGGGAGGGUGAAGUGGGUAAUUUGUCUCCUGCUUACUUUGGGCUUGCUCAUGUCUAUGGUGCUUUGCUGCACUCCUAAAUUCCACUGCAGGUGCAAGAAGGACUCCCCUGCUUCCUGUGACAAGGAGAUCCACAUUGUUACUGUGGCCUGAGACAAUUAACCUGCCUGUCCCACAGAUCAGGGAUUGGGCCAAGGUGCCUGCUGGGCACACCAGGGAGUUUUGGACCUAAAAACAAUCUCUCAGAGAAUAAAUUCAACAGUUGGCUGAGCUGGCUCAAUGCCAGCGCACACUGUUGUUAAAUCUCAUUACUGCAAACAAAAUGAACUAUUUAUAUGUUGAUAUUUAUGUUUUCACACUUUUUUUUUUUUGUAAUUGUGUUGGUUUGCUUUUGCUAUUUUAUUCAUGUCUGUGUCUCUUCCUGAUCAGCCCUGCAGGAUGUUAUCUGGGACACCUGGGAGGUGAUGUCCUGCAAAACCCCGGGGUUGCUGCUCCCACUCUGAAAACAAGGACACCUUUCCUUGGGACAGAGUGGGAAAUAAGGCUGCUAAAUCAGGGAGUGGGUGUUUGGAAAAGAGGUUUUUUUAACCUAAAUUAUCACCUUAGUCCCUGGCAGGGAUGGGGAAAGGGGGUGUCAUUUGAUGGCAUUUGAAGUUACAUACAAAACUGGAGAGGAAGAGGCAAAAUCAACACUCCUGAUCUUGGUUUGUGGCUUGCAAAGGGCAAGGCUCAAAAACCUCAUGACCCCCCAAAUUCCCCACAUUAUUUAGCACUGAAAUAGUUCCUCUCACCUGAAUUCCUUUAUCUGGCAACCUG